UUGACCAUGAGUGUUCCAGUGGCUCCGAAGAAAUCGUGUUACACGCAGUUGCGAGACAACAGAAAUGGAGCGAAAAAUAAUAAUGAGAGUUUCCUCAGUCUGGGAGAUACAAAUGCCAAUCAGAUCAUGGCGGAGGUCGGUUCCCCUCACGAUGAGUUGAAGACGUGUGGCCUGGCAGAUGAAACUGGAAAUGCAAACUCAGGGGAGCCAGAACGUAUUACCCAUUUCAGUAAGGAAUUCCACGAGCUUCAGGUCAGCCCCAUGAGCCUGAAAGAUUGUAAGCUGUCUUCAGCGGUUCACAGGGAACUGAGUGAGCACACCGUGGAGAAAGGCACAGCUCUUCUGCAGACCCCUCGGGGUAUUCAGGGACCCAGCCUGCUGGGCUGGAGGACUGUUUCCAGUGAGGCGUGUCCCGAGGUUUUGGCUAAACAGGAUGCUGAUGUUACCCAGCACGUUCCCAAGGAUAAAUUGGCAAAGGCCUUUGACGGUGAGGAGCUGAGGAAGCAUUCCAUGGAAAGAGAAAGUGGCUAUGCCAUUCAGGUGGACACACUCACUAAGGAGCGUGUUGGGAGCGGGACUCAGCAGUUUCUGCAGUCUGCUUCAGUGGACGCCACCAAAGCCCCACGUCAUGUGUCUGCUAGGGGUGGGGAGAAACCACAGAAGACACUGCCAGGCCACUUUCUAGGGGGAGCUUUUCACCUAGCUGACAGUGCCUCAGAGGAAAAGAUUGGGCUGCAUCCUAAACCGUCUACCUCAGAAACCAAGGAAACCACCCCUUCAGAGGCCCAAAGGGCAGGGGGAAAUGUACUGAAUGUUAACGAUGAGAGCACAUCACAUUCUGCACAGACAGAGCCUGCUCUGAAUUUAACGUUAGCCUCUAAGGAAAUCCUGAGUCAGCCUGAAGCACAAUUAGUUCAGGGAAAGGAUGAGUCCAAGACGGAGCUGAAAUAUAUUCAACCCAGGGCUAUGCAGGAAUUAAAGUCGACCCAGGCAGAAUGUCUGGGGUGUGGUAAGGACGAUAGUACGUUACCCCUAGAGAGAAAAGAGCAGUGUGGGAAAGCAGAGACGUUUUCCUCACACCAAGGAGCCACUGGUGCAGUCAGUGGCCUACCUAACAGCGGUCUUCACCAUCUUGGGCUGGGAAGAGGAAGUCGUGAUGAUGAGAAGAGAGAGGUUGCCCUAGAUGAUGAAAAUUCUCUUCAAACCUUCUAUCCCCAGGGCCUGGCAUCCUUGGCAGCUGCUGAUAAUCAGCCCACUGGCAAAAUUUCACCAAGUGUAGGUAGGCAAUUGGGUGAAGCACCACCAAACAACAUUUCACCAGGUGACGGUCAGGUAGCUUCUACUCUUGGUGAUCCACUCGAUGUCAAUGAGAAAAGGAUACUGGGCAGUGGGAACAUGGACGUUGCCAUGUCUUUGGCUUCAGAUCCUUCUGCUGGAGAAAACAAUACUGGGGUCCCCAACCUCCUUGUCCAUCAAAGCACAAGCUCAGAAGCAGGAGAAUACAAAAAGAUGGCUAUACCAGCUGCUGGAACUAGGAACCUUCUAGAAAAUGCGGCUGAGACUGAAAGUACCCCAGCAAGAGCCAACUCCCUUCUCAAUGUCCCAGCACCCGUCAUAGUCCCAACUGUGAAUGUGACCCACCAGCCCAUACCAGCCAGUAGCAGUGUCCAGGAUCUCCGCAUGUUGGAUGUGGAUGCAGGGUCCUCCGUGGCCACUGUACCUGCCCCCGACAGUGUGCAGUUGUUGAACACUUCCCCAAAAGUGCCUGACAAGAACGUCUGCCCCAGUGGGAUCCCCAAGCCUGUCUGCACACAUUCCAAGGACACGCCUUCCUCGAAGGAGGGAAUGGAGAACGGCCAGGUUGACAAAACAGAUGAGAGGACGGAAGCUAAGCCUGUCAUCAUGCCCAAGCCCAAGCACGUGAGACCCAAAAUCAUCACCUACAUCAGGAGGGGUCCUCAGGCCCUGGGCCAGGUGGACGCCUCGCUGGUGCCAGUGGGGCUCCCUUAUGCCCCGCCACCAUGUAGCAUGCCUCUUCCCAAAGAGGAGAAGACAGCAAGUGGAGACCUCAAGUCACCUGCCACCCUUUAUGAGAAAUUCAAGCCAGACUUGCAGAAGCCAAGGGUCUUCAGCUCUGGGUUGGUGGUGUCUGGAAUCAAGCCGCCAGGCCAUCAUUUCAGUCAAAUGAGUGAAAAGUUUUUGCAGGAGGUUACAGACUGCCCUGGGAAAGAAGAAUUUUGUUCUCCUCCCUAUACUCAUUAUGAAGUUCCUCCGACUUUCUAUCGAUCUGCCAUGCUCCUUAAACCCCAGUUGGGAUUGGGCGCGAUGUCCCGUUUGCCGUCUGCAAAGAGCAGGAUUCUGAUCGCAAGUCAAAGGUCUUCAGCAAGCGCCAUUCAUCCACCAGGACCCAUAGCAGCUGCUGCCAGUCUCUACAACGCGGAUCCAGCAGCAGAUUUAAAGAAAAUCUCCAGUUCCAGUGCUGCAAAAUCUAGUCUCCCCAAAUCGGGACUUCGCCCUCCUGGCUACUCGCGGCUCCCGGCUGCCAAGCUGGCCGCCUUUGGCUUCGUCCGCAGCACCAGCGUGUCCUCAGUCUCCAGCACCCAGUCUGCGGACAGCACCCAGACCGAGCCCGGCAGGACCAACCGUUCAACCUUUGGAAAUGAAGACCAGCCGGCUCUGAAGGCAGCUUUGCCUUCCAAAGACACACCCAAGGGAGUCAGCCGGGCGGCACCCCCAGCGUCCUCCAGUGUGACCACACCCCGCAGGAGUUUACUUCCAGCACCCAAAUCUACUUCCACACCCGCUGGGACAAAGAAAGAAGCACAAAAAGAUCAAGAUGCUCAUAAACCUGCUGUUUCAUCUCCUAAGAGGGUCGCAGCUUCAACCACCAAGCUCCAUUCACCAGGGUACCCAAAGCAGAGGACCGCUGCUCCCCGAAAUGGGUUUCCCCCCAAGCCCGACCUGCAGGCCCGCGAGGCCGAGCGGCAGUUUGUGCAGCGGCUGAAGGAGAAGUGUGAGGGGCAGGCCCGGCAGCUCAGCCUAGUGCAGGCGGAGCUCAGGAGAGCCAUCUGCGGCUUCGGCGCGCUCGCCGUGUCCACGCAGCACUUCUUCCGGAAGAAUGAAAGUGCCCUUGUGAAAGAAAAAGAGCUGUCAAUCGAACUUGCAAACAUCAGGGAUGAAGUUGCCUUCAACACAGCAAAAUGUGAGAGAUUACAGAAGGAGAAAGAGGAGCUGGAGAAGCGGUUCGAGGACGAGGUGCAGCGGCUGCGUUGGCAGCAGCAGGCGGAGCUCCAGGCCCUAGAGGAACGGCUGCAGCUGCAAUUCGAGGCAGAAGUGGCGCGCCUGCAGGAGGAGCACGAGGGCCAGCUGCUGAGGAUCAGGUGUCAGCACGAAGAGCAGGUGGAAGAUAUCACCGCCAGCCAUGAGGCUGCUCUCCUAGAGAUGGAAAAUAACCACACGGUUGCCAUCGCAAUCCUGCAGGAUGACCACGACCACAAAGUCCAAGAACUGAUGUCUACCCAUGAGCUUGAAAAGAAAGAAUUGGAAGAAAAUUUUGAAAAACUGCGGCUGUCAUUACAGGACCAGGUGGACACGCUGACCUUCCAGAGCCAGUCUCUGCGGGACAGAGCCCGACGGUUCGAGGAGGCUUUGAGGAAAAACACGGAAGAGCAGCUGGAGGUUGCCCUGGCUCCCUACCAGCACUUGGAAGAAGACAUGAACAGCCUGAAGCAGGUGUUAGAGAUGAAGAACCAGCAAAUACACCAGCAGGAGAAAAAGAUCAUAGAGUUGGAGAGGCUGGUGGAAAAGAACAUUAUCCUGGAAGAAAAAAUCCAAGUUCUCCAGCAGCAGAAUGAAGACCUCAAAGCCAGGAUCGACCAAAACACUGUCGUCACAAGACAGCUGUCAGAGGAAAAUGCGAAUCUUCAAGAAUACGUGGAGAAAGAAGCCCAGGAAAAGAAGAGGCUAAGCCGAACCAAUGAAGAGCUGCUUUGGAAACUCCAAACCGGAGACCCGACCAGCCCGGUCAAACUGUCCCCCACGUCCCCAAUUUACCGCUGCUCCUCCUCCGGCCCUCCAUCUCCGGCCAGAGUCAGCACGACGCCGAGAUGA